GCCCAGUGCAUUGUAUUCAUUAAUGUUCGUUGAGUUUAAAUUUUAAGUAUGAUUCCGGUAAUAACUUCAGUUUCACUAAACCAAAUAAGUCAUCAUUGUGAGUAUCGUCACAUAAGUAAAACUAUGUGGAAAUUGUUCAAUGUGCGCCGUUUGGCAACAUCUACCAGAAAGAAGCCUGCUCCAAAAUUGCCAACCAGCCCCAGAGCGCGCGCCAUUAAAAAUCUGAACUAUGAAAACAAGGCACUGUUUGGCUCGGUAAUCAAAAGUCCUGCUAAUGCUGUGACAGCGGGCCCCUCAGUGGACAGCUCAGAACAUUCAUCCGAAUUAUUCUGGAUGCUUCAAGGGAACAGUGCGCCUUAUACGAAGAUCCAAAGCAAUGAGUGCCGCGCUAGUAUGGAAAAUGUGUUAAUACCGUUCAAAGAAGCAGAACUUCGUUCGAUACCUUCAUUUCCAUUGACCCCCUCGGAUUCCGGUAUUCUGGAGCAACGAUGGACCCGGCACCAGCAGUUUGAAAAUGAUCAGUACAAAUCACCAUCGGUCAACAAAAUCCUCAGUGCAACUAUGCCGGAAUUUGCGCGGCAAGCACUUUUGAAGUGGAAAGCCUCAAAGAUAGCCUUGCUGGGCGAGGCUGGUUUUGCCGAGCUACAGAAAGCAACACUGCAAAGGGGUAGCAAUUUUCACUCUUGCCUGGAAAGUUGGUUCAGUGGGGAAACUCUGGAUAACGAUAAAUUGCUAAAUGCAGGUGAACUAUGGACGAGUAUAAACCCUCAGUUGGACAAAGUUCAUAGACCAGCUCAAAUAAUUGAGCAAAAGAUUUAUCAUCCAUUUUUGCAUUACAACGGAGUUGUUGACUGCGUGUCAUCAAUAGAAAACAAAAUGCACAUAAUCGAAUGGAAGACAUCAGAGAAUCAAAAAUUUAGUCUGUCGGCGACCUUUGAUGCUCCACUGCAAUUGUGUGCCUAUCUGGGAGCGUUGAGGACCGACCCCCUGUAUUCGGAUUUGAACAUAUCCGACGGUGCUGUGUUCGUUGCCUACACCAACGGUAAGCCAGCACAUGUUCAUCUGAUCAAUCAUGCUAAGCUUAGGAAGUACUGGUCAGCAUGGUUGCAGCGGUUGCAGGAAUACUGGACCCGAUACCGUGACAAUACCUUACCGGAACCGAUUUGAUGCGUGGAAUGAUUAAAAUAUAUGUGCUGAAGCGUUUCAUUGUGGGCAUUUUGGUCGGUCAAGGAAUACUGUCAAGGCAAAUAAAUGGAAUGUUGAUUCAUGGUAUGGCUGUCAUGUCAAUUCAUGAAUCUAGUCAUAUAAAUCUGUAGUAUUUUCAAAAAUGGUUGCUGCACUGGCAUAAAUUCGUAGUUAUUACUGGAAAAUUGACCAUAUUGGCCACAUAACGACUUUCCGGAAGUUCUGGAACAUCCAUACUCCUUGUCCUCAAGCUUUGAGAAAUUUUCUUGUCCUGGAGCGUUGAGAAAUUUUCUUGUUCUCGAGCGUUGAGAAAUAUCAGUCGCAUAAAUUCGUACUUAUGACUGGGACAGGGGCCUAUAAGGUUUUGUUCUGGCCACAUAUACGACUCUUUUGCAAUAAUAAUUCUUUGAAAAAAAACAAGAACCUUCAGGAAUACCACACACUUUCAGCGCCAGUUCCGGAUAUUUCGGAAGAUCGCUACGUUACCAAUUGGGUCCAUAUCCCAGCCACAACUACGAAAUUACGCGAAUGAUAUUUCCAAAAAUAAAAAAAAUUCUCGAAACUAUGAACUUAUGCCAAUGAAGCGUGAAUAGAUGUUUUCGAAAAAACUUCAGAAUACCAGAACUAGAUCAUGAAUUAGCCAGUUUUACGAAUGUUACAAAUCUUCCGGAUGAGUUUCACGUAGAAUUCAGGGAGAGUAUUUGAAUUGAUAUUGUUCAUUUUAGAUGGGAUGUUAUAUAAGCUUUCAAGAAUAUUAUAAAUUUUUGGAAUCAGUUUCAUUAAUUGACCACAUUAUCGCUUGUUCAGUAUUAUGAGGAAUACGAUUGUAUCGCUGGAAUCGGAAUCGUAAUG